AUGGAGCCCCGCAAAACCCCUCCGGAGUACUUUCUGGAGAUCUUCGCCGACACAACAACAGUGCGCGAUGUAUUAAAAGGCGUCCUGAAUCUCAUCUUCUUCCACCGAUACUUCCCCUCCACUCGACCGACCACAUUCGAUGUCCUAGACUUCACAUUGCCGGCAAUCAACGACGCAGAUCUGGAGACAUUAAUCGAGGCGCGCGUUAGUGCUCUCGUGCGACAGCAUCUCUCUUCUGCGGCAGGGACACCGGACGGGAAGAGUACCGGCGGAGGAGGUGUUCGGGGCCGAAUCGCGGUAGAGUUCUAUGAGAAGAAGAGGAGGCGUUCGGGUCUUUGGUUCGGUGGGUUAGCAGGGAAGGCGGAGGAGGAGGUAUGUUGGGAGAUUUGGACUUUGGAUGUUACUAUUGCUACGCCGAGGACGGAAUCAGAGCGAGCAAAGGUUCGGAAAGCAAUGGGGAAUAUGCUUCAGAAGGCUGCGCUUAAGAUUCUUUCUGUUGUUAAUAAGGACAAGGAUCAUAUUCCGCCUAUUACGACUAGUGAUUCGAAUCCGUUCCCGUAUCGAAUUGUUGUUAAUCCGAGGACUGAUGGGUGGGGAAAUCGGAUUGGGCUUUAUUGA